UCGCAGCCUGCAGAAGGAAGGUUGGCACGCUGGGAGGGAGAAGUAGCCACAGUCAAACCAUCGACAUAAGUCAAAGGUCAAAGAAUCGCUCAUAAUCAUCAAACCCUAAACGUGCUCCGUUUUUUGUUGCACUUCGGUCCUAGCUUCUGGAAAGACAUAACAGAAAAAUAACUUCUUUUUUUACUUUUUUUUUCUUUACUUGUGUGUGUGGUGUUGUCUGUGGAUACUUCUACUUAUCCAAACUGAUUUGACUAUUCUGUAAUGACUUUGGAGAUAUUUGUUUUUAGAAAUUUUUAGUUUUUUUUAUACAGCAAGACGUUAAAAAAGGACCUAUAUUCAAUAAGAAAAGUGUUACUUUGCUUUCAAAAUGAUGCUUGGGAAAGUGGAAGCUCGUCUUUCUUUCUCUUCAUCAACAGCCAACAGGCCCAGAGAUGGUCGUCAUUGCGAUCUGUGCGGUUGCUCCCAGCCCGCUGUGCGGUGCGACAAAUGCGGCUGCCAGAUUUUCUGUCUGUCCUGCGAUGACAUGUACCAUAGGCAUCCAAAGAGGAGGUUCCAUUUGAGGAAGGCCGUUGAUCCCACCCCGCCCACCCCACAGGCCAGGCCGGUGCUGCCCAUGAAAGUGUCCCACAUGCCCAGUAGUCCCGGGGACCCAUCCAAAAUGCCGUUACCGCCUCCCAGGAAGAAAAAGCCAACCAAAUCCUUCUUUGAUACUUUCAGGAGGAGGAGUCCGUCAGCUGAUAAUAGCCCACCCCUUCCGAAAAAGGAAUAUUCGUGGACGGAUCGUCUGGGAAACAUCAAAAAAUUCAUGAGCAACAGGCCUCUUCCUCCCCUACCGACGAGCAACGGAGCAGAUGAGAAUGACGAGAAAGAAAAUACACAGUCUACGAAGAAUGACCUGUCCUUCAUACACAAAAGAGUUGAUGAAAAACCUCCGCAACUACCUCAACGAUCUUUAAAGCCAGCAGAAUUUUCUAGAGCUGCUCAAGAGAAAGAAAACCUACCCGGAGGAAUACCUGAACACAUGCGUGACAUUCGAAAUGGCACCCUUGAUCCUUCACAAAUUAAUCGCAGCCAAGAUUUCAAUAGAAGUCAAGAAAACCAAUGGAAUAACAAUAAUACGAUGGGUAACCAUCAGGUCAAUACUCUAAACAGACAAUUUUCACCAGGAGGCCCUGGAUUCCCUGGUAACAACAUGCAACAAAGCGUCAGUGCUACAGACCUUCCAAACUUGCCUGGCAUGGACAGUCAUCCUGGAAUACCACCCAUGCAUUACCCCCAUUAUCCGAUGAAUCCCCAUUUACCCCCUCAUUAUCCUUACCCUAUGUACCCCCCUCCCCAGUUCCCUAAUUACCCCCAGUAUUUCGGGAAUUCUUUCGCCAAUCUGUCCAGUCAACCCACGACGACUGACGGCGACGUCAGUGACCAGUCGGAGGCUUCGUCCAGGCAUCACGGCAGGAAGUAUCCUUUCAGGAAAAGGGCGAAGAGAAGCCAGAGUGUGAUGGUAGACAGAAUGCAAUAUCCAGGCCAAUUCUAUCCCUUUGGUCCUUUCCCACCUGGCUAUGGUCCUGGUCCAUGGGGAGCAGCACCCUUUCCUAUGGAAGCUCCACCCUCUCCAGCAAGCUCGAUUCGUUCUCUCAACAGAGUCGGGCGCACAAGACGCAGGAAAAAACUGACCAGUGAAGACGACGAUGAAGAGUUCUCAAUGUCCAGUUCGCCGCUUAGUCGACCUAAGUCAUCGUCUUCGGAAAGACCAAUGCCUGCCCAGAAAUCCCCUUCUAAAGCUCCCAAAUCCACGUCAUCAGAAGAGGAAGAAAGUGAUGAAGAGGAUAAAAGAAGUGGAAGGAAUAACAGAAAGGAUAGGACCUUGAGGAGAAAUUCUGACCCAAGGAGGCUACCUUCUCCAGUUCCGAAAAGUCCACAGGUCGUCCACAAAAAGGUGUCGAAGCACAAACAGCAGGACACACUGAAACACGCUGACGCAGAAAACAUUCAAGCGAGUAUCAGUAAAAUGGAAAGGGUGCCUUCUAGAGAGUCGAAUCGUAGCAGGUACUCGGACGCUGAAGAUGUACCCAGCAGUCCAAUGAGAAUGGACCGAAGAUCGUCAAGGGAAUCCAAUGCCGAUGCAAACGAUGCAGGCGUGUGGACUCCUUCGUCAUCUUGGCAGUGCAAGCACUGCACCUUCAUCAAUCCUGCCGGCAACCGCAUCUGCCAGGUGUGCUGCAAGACUGCCACGGUUGAAGACACUACUCUGGUGUCGAGUAGACCUAACAGUGCCAGUGCCAGUGCUAGUGCUAGUGCUAGUGCCAGUGCCAGCAGCAGAAAGCAAAGCCUCAGUUCAGAGAAAAGUUCCUCUUCUCCGGAGAAACGUCUGGAAGAAGAGGAGGAACGGGGUGUCAACAAAGAGACGCAGGAUAUGGCGGUGCUCAAUACGGCACUGGAUGAAGCAGAAAAAGAAAUAACACGUGGACUCGAAGAACUAAUGAAAUUAAAAGAAGAUUUCAAAGUUCCUAAAUCUGAAGAAAAACCUUCUCACUCGUCCCCAAACAAACCUCCAACAAUACCAGAAGCCUCUUCCUCCAAACCAGUUUACAAAUCUUCUGGUAAACUAAGGACUAGUAUAUUAGAUAAAAUCAUACCACCAAGCAAACAAACCACUGCAUCAACUUCCACAUCAACCGAAACACAAACUGGUCCUAAUUCAAAAACUGACAGAAUCAUUGAAGCCAGGAGAGCAUCGACAUCUUCCACAACUUCUGAUGCCUACAACUCUCCAAUUGCCCAAAGUCCACAACUUGAACGAAUGGACAUAGGUCGCAACAGCCAAAAGGGUGCCGUCAGCAAGUCUGGUACACGCAAAGAAAUGUCCUGUCAAACUCAACCAGACGAUCUAAUGGAAUAUUACGACAGGAAAACUGCUGAGGAAGAAGCCUUUUUAGGCAAUGCCAGGUAUGGGCCUCGUUACGGGGAUAGGAUGGACGUUGCACAGUCACCUACUUCAUUUAUGUAUGAUAGGGGUUUUGGUAUGAUGCAGAGGUCCCAUUCGAGACAAUCGUUGUUCACUGGACGGUUGAAUGAUUUUGGACCUAUGGAUUAUGGGUUUGGUGCAAGGCCUAUGUACAGAAGUGUGAGUCGAAGUUCUUUGACUGGAGACUAUCCGGAAGGAAGGCUUUCCGAAUUCAGCAACUUGAGAAAACCAGAAUACUAUCUCAGCAUGGAAGAACUUGUGGAAAGACGUCGGCAGGAAGCUAUGAGAGUCCAAGGUUUAGAGCUUGUUCGAAUGAUACGAGAGGCUGAACAGCAAGGCUUCACUGCCGACGACAUCCAAGUCGCCCUGAACAAUUGUGGGAAGCAGAACCCUCUGGAAUGGCUACAGGAGAACUGGAAGAUCAUGGUGGAAAAUGUCAUCGCUUUGUCGACGAGUUACGCGAACGACAAGAAAGAAAAUGACAUCGGCACUGUGAGCGAGAACGAGGCGAGGGAGGCUCUGAGGUUGCACAAAGGCCAUAUCUGGGCAUCGGUCACGGAAUGCGUGGAAACGCGCCAAAGAAAGUUUCUGGAACUCAAAGCCCGUGGAAAAUUCAGCUCUAAAGAUAUCACUGAUGCUUUGACUUCUAGUCAAGGUGACGUAGAGCUGGCAUACGCUAAGCUCACCAAAUCUACAUCAAAACCUUUUUUAAUGAGGAUUUGGGGAGCAGGAGAGGGAGCUCAAAACAAAGACGGUGCCUUACCAAAGUCAUCUGAAUUUAUCAGGAAUCAGGUUGAGACAUACCAAAAAGAGUACAAUGAUGCAGAUGAUGUCCAGAGUGAUGAACUUUGGGACGAAGAAGAGGAAGAUGUAGAGUGGGAUGACGACUACGAUGAGCAGGAAGAUGAAGAUGAAACAGAGGACAUAAAUCUUCAGACAUGUCGUGAUGAUGGCUGUUUCACUUCUGACAUAACAACGCCUGAUAGUGACAGAAGUGAUUACUGCGACGCCUUUGGAACGAAUACGUUGGAAAGGAACCUCCCAUCACCAGGUAGUGAUACAUUUUUUGUGAUACCUGACACCAAGGAGACAAAAAAGAGUAAUGGACUUCUGAGCAAAUUGGCAGCCCUUAGAAAAGAGGGUAAAAAUCCAAAGAAAUCCGCGUCGAAGUUUUAUGAUGAAGAAAUGGAACCUACAUCUGAUACUCAAGAUGAUGUUGAAGAAGAAGAGCAACAGAAGUCAUAUAAUCCAUUAAAUGUAAUCAAGAAUACAUUUUCGGCUAUACGUGAUACAGUUAGUGGCUCUUCUAAGAGUGAGAAAAAGUUGCCAUGUGCUGCACCUGAGAGAAGGACUAUAAUCGUUAGAGGACAAAUUGCUCAUGAGUCUUUGAGUGAUGAUAAGAAGGACAAAGAAGAAAAACCGAAUUCUUUUGAGUCAUUGAAAGAUGAACCUUCAAGCAGUAGAGAAAUACCUGGUAAAGAGACUGGAGCGAUUCCCAAGCAUUCAAAUGUAAAUACUGCACCGAAAAUUGCAGAAAAAACAGAAUCAAUCUCUAAAGAAAUGGAAAUUCAGAAAAAUAUAGCCGAUACCGAUAACGCUGUUAAAGAAAUACGUUCUGCGCUGGAGGCAGAUUCUUUAAAAGAUUCUACUGGAAGUAAAUCGCCACUUUCACGAAGUCCUAAACCUAAAUUAAAAGAAAUAAAUCAAAUUAAGAAAUCGAUUGAAGAAUUGAGCUCCACUAAAUCUAGUUCUGUACAAAGUCAAAAUCUCUCAACCAAAAAUAACUCAAAAUUUAUGAAUAUUGAAGAACCACCAGCAGAAAAAAGAAAAAGCCCCAGUCCUAGACUUGAAGUUAAUUCUAAUCAAAAUCAAAAUCUCUCAUCUAAAAAUGACUCUCUAAAGAAAAUUGAAGCACCAGUAGAAAAAAGAAAAAGCCCAAGUCCUAGACUUGAAAAAGAAGAUUCUUCUAAUAAAAAUAUUGACAAACAAAUUACAAAUGAUUCUAAAUCGAAUUUAAAUCAAAUAUCCGAAGAUAGAGCGACCACUAAAAACGAGAAACAAAAUCAAAUAUUCAAAAAUACAAAUGUCACUAUAAAAGAUAAUUUAAUGCCAGAAAAUGUAGCUGCAAUUAAAAAAGAGAAACAAGUUUUGGAAAGUAACGAUAGCAACAGAACUACGCCUGACUUAGCUGAACAUCCACCGGUUUUUUCUACCGUAAAAAGUGACAAAACUCCGUUGAUUAAAGAAUCCGUUGAAACAGAAGAAAAUAAACAGGGAAAUAAUAAAAAAUUUGGGCUCGACAAAAAAGAAAUUCCAAAUGCACAAAAGAAAAUUAAUUCUUCUAAAGAAAGCAAUGUAAUUCAACAAGAACAAGAAACUAAAAAUGAUAUUCCGUACAUAGAUUCUACUACAAAUCUUGAUGAAGUGUCCGAGAUAGUUAUUCAACCUUCGACAUCUAAUGAUAAGAAUAUCUUAAAAGAAAUCAAGAAAAAUAAAGAAGAAGAAUUAGAGUUACCGAAUAAGCAACAUGAAAAAACUGAUCUAGAAAAUUCAUCGAAUAAGCUUAAUAAGAUUACCCAUGCUAAUUCCAAACAACAUUCAGAUAAGAAACAAGAAAGCAAUUUUGUUACGAAAGACGUACCUAAUAAAACAGCCGAAGCCACCAAACCUAUUAAUGGGCAGCAAUUAAAUUCAGUCGAACAAGACCAUUCUUCAGAUAGGCUUAAUCAGGCUUCCACUGAUUUGAAACAACUCAAAAACAAGAAACAUGAAGAAAGUAGUGCAAAUGUCUUAAAAUCUGAGGAUAUUACUGAACCUAGUACCAAUGAAAGUAGUAAAAAUUUAACUGAAAAAGUGAAUAAAAAAGAUAAUAAAACUUCAAAGCAAUCUACUUCAGAGCAAAAGUCAAAUUUGAAAGAUAUAGAUGACGCUAAAUCCUCUUUUCAAAAUAAGCAGAAGUAUGACGAAGAAGAUAAUAUGAAGUCUAAUUUAAAAACAACUGAUCAAAGUGAAAAUCAGCAAUCACUGGAUAAAAUCAUGGCAUCUUCCACUGCAGAGACGAAGGAAACAAAUGAAUCAAAAAGAAGCUCACCUGUAUCUCCACCUUUAGUCUCGAAGGAAAAUGCUAUUGAAUCUGACUCUACCUUACCUACUAGCAUUAAUUCACAAUUAUUAAGAAAGCAAGAAAACAAUACAAGCAGGGAUUCUAAUAAAACAUCAAAAAUUGAAGUUGAUCACUCUAAUGCCAAACAAGAAGCAUCAGCUCUAGUUACUAAUGAAACUAUUGUUGAUGUACCUGUAAUUAAACCAUCAACUUCUCAGAUGGCUGACAAUAACUUAGAAUCCAAUGAAAACGUAAUUAGUGCUGGGGCUUCCGAAGAAGUGAGUAUGCCCGGUGAUAAAAAAUCUUCAUCUACACAAUUUUUUGAUGAUGAAACUUCAAAAUUGCAAAAUCUACAAUAUGGAAAUGAAGAAGAAAUUUCUAUAGAAGGUAAACAGUCUUCACAGCCAGACAAAUCUUCUAAGGAAGAACCAUUAACUGCUGCUUUAGAAGGAACUAACAGACCUGUCGAAACGACUUCAUCGACUGAAACUUCUUUAUCUAAAGAAAUUUCUGAAGAAAACUCUUCAUCAUCUGCUAAUUCAAAUAAUUCAGCUUCUCAGGAUAAUGCUGAACUUCUUCCUCCUUCAUCAUCUGAAAACGAUAAACUUUUGAAAGCUGACAAAAAGAAAACAGCAGAUGGUACAAAAUCACCAAAUGAAAGAAGUACAUCCCCAUCCAUAAAAAGUAUUUCACCUACAUCCACCGAAACACCAAAGGAUGUAUCUGCAAUUGCUGAUGAAAGUCAAGCUUCAGCAAAUCAAUCAAGUACAGAAAUAAUUUCUGAUAAAUCGAUUGAAUCAAAGGAAACAAGAACUGAUGCUAAAGCCGUUCCUUUAGAAUCUGAUAAAAGUCGGCCCAAAACAAUUUCUGCAGAUAUUCCGAAUACUUCUAAAGAAGAAGAAGAAAUUCCAGACAAACGCUCAGAAUCAACGAAAGUAGAUACUUCGAAUAUAGAUUCUGCUUCAACUUCACAGCUAGAUUCUAUAAAGUCCACUCAGAACUCUGAAACAAUAAGCAAUGAACAUUCCAAAGAAUUACGGCAAGAAAAUGAUGCAAAAAUAAAUAGUACAAAUGAUUCCAAGUCUUCCAUAAACGACGAUGAAAAUAGCUCUUAUGAUUCAAAAGACUCUAAAUUGCAGUCAACAUCUACUACCACAAAACUGGAAACAGAUGAUAAUAAUGAAAAGUCCACAAAUGAUGAUGAUGAAGAAGAAGAAGAGGAAGAAACUGAAUCAUCUGAUAAUAGUAGACAAAGUAGUUUGGAGCCGCCAAGUCCUGUGGAAGCGCUUAGAAAUAGGUUUGAAGGACUAACGAAUGGAAACGCUGGCACCAUCCGACCUGCAAGCCCUUACCGACGUAUGUCCUUUAGGUCAACGAAGGCUGCUAUUGCCUUAGAAAGGACAAGGGACACAAGCGUUGAAAAACCAUGGUUCGCUCCUAAGCCAGCGACAGAGCAAAAGAAACCUCCACCAAAGCGAAGUAUCAAGCAGCAACUGGAAAUUGAUAGAAAAGUGCGAAAAAUGGUGGCUGACAGGAAAGUUCGCACAUACAGAAAGGCGGAGAUCGUAGUGCAGUUGCUGGACUUGAAUUUCGAAGAGGAAGAAGCUAUCCAAGCAGCUAACGAAUGUUCAACUUUGGAACUAGCCAUUAGUUUUCUGCAGCAAGACUGCUUACUAUGUGCCGGCAAAUAUCCAGUUUCACAGAUGAUUUCCAUGGUGCACUGUCCUCACAAGGCCUGCCGAGAGUGCAUUCGAGCUUACUUCACAGUUCAGAUACGAGACAGAAACAUCAUGGAGCUCCUUUGUCCAUUUUGUAACGAACCCGACAUCUUUGACGAAGAUAUUGCGCAAGACUAUUUCAAUCAUUUGGAUAUCAUGCUGAAAAAGUUGGUUGAUCCUGAAAUUCACGAAUUGUUUCAAAGAAAAUUGAGAGAUCGAGUGUUGAUGCGUGAUCCCAAUUUCAGGUGGUGUUCACAGUGUUCUUCGGGUUUCAUAGCGAUGGAGAAUCUAGCGAGACUGGUCUGCCCAGACUGUAAUGCUGUUAUGUGUGCAUCCUGCAGGAGACCUUGGGAGAAGGAACACAAUGGUAUUUCUUGUGAAGCUUUUGCCGCUUUGAAAGAUGCAAACGACGUUGAAGCUCAAGCUGCUGGAUUAGCCAAGCUUCUUACUGAGGAUGGCAUUGAUUGCCCAAUGUGUCACUUCCGGUACCAGUUGGCAAAGGGUGGAUGCAUGCAUUUCAGGUGCACGCAGUGUCAACAUGACUUUUGCAGCGGUUGUUCCAGACCUUUCAAAAUGGGACAGAAAUGUGGUGUAUCUGAAUUCUGUGCUAAAUUGGGCUUACAUGCUCAUCACCCUAGGAAUUGCUUAUUUUAUCUCAGAGACAAAGAACCUCAAGACCUCCAAAGGUUGCUGGAUAUGAGUAGCGUGAAAUAUGAUCGUGAUCCUCCAGAAGGCAUGGACUUGAAGAAGACGUGUCAAGUUAUGGAGCAGAAGGAGACAGCCGAUGGCAUGGUGGACGACUGCUGCGGGAAGGAAGUGGAAGAAGGAUUUGCGGGUCUCUGCAGAAUUCAUUAUGUGGAAUACUUGGGUCAACUGGUCAACAAGCACAAGGUGGAUCCUAUUCAGAUCUUUGAUGUCGAUGACCUUGAGUUAGUGCUCAGGAGAGCAAACAUUCGCUUGCCGUACAAAAAGUACAGAGAAACAGACGACCAGUACAGAGGAAGGUUGGUUCAGCUUAUUGAAGAAGAGUUACCAUUAGACAAAAUGGACGGAAGCUGAUUGAUAAAAUAACCUCAAAAUAUUUUUCUACUCCAUUCACGAAGUGCAUCUGGCGAGGACAGAAAAUGCAUAUCUCUUCAGGAAAGAGAUUUACCUAGCCUCCUGUGGCUAUAUCGGAGAAACAAAAGAAGAUUGUUAAUCAGAACAUUUUUGGAAAUCGAUUCAAAUAGUCUUCUUUCCUUUUUUUUAGAUGUUUUCUAUUUAAAUACUUAAAAAAAACAUAAUUUGAAUCAAUAUUAUAGUACAAAAUCUCUAAGCAAAACACUUUUUUUAUUUAAUAGAUAUUUCCAUUUCAUGAAUUUCAGUUUUGGGAACUUUUUUAAUGCUUUUUGUCUGCUUUAUUGUUUUAAAUAAUCAGAAAGUAAUCAAUAAAUCGUGGGAGGAUUUUGUUACGGCGAUGUUUUUUAAGGACUGUAUUAUUUUUGUACGGAAUUAGAAAGUUGAGAGAAAAUGUGAGAAGUGUUUUUUAUAUGGAAAAUUCUAGUUUUAUCCAUGCUACUUCAAAUUAUUGAUUGUGAACGGACUCGUUUUUUGAACUUUUCCUGUAUCAUAUUUGUUAGUUAUAGUAAAGUUUUUGUUUACUAUUUAA